CGAUUUUAUAGGGUUUUUGCCGUAUUGCUUUGAGACAUGGUUUUGGUCGUCAUCUCUCGUACUAUAGUUUUUACUAUUCCAUGGUUAGCUUAGCACAUUAUCUGAGUUACCGCCUGUUGCGGAACGUAUUCGAUUCCUGAUGAUUUCUGUAGUGAACAAUUUUAUAAUUGCGUCCUACGUAUGUUUGUUGGUUUUCGAAAUAACAAUACCUAUUCCUGAUCUGGAAUAUAUGUGUAUGUCAAUUAGUAUGUUUGUCAACGCACCCACUACGACACGAAAAUCAUAAAAGGAUUUUUUUUUCAAAUAUACAUAAUAUGAUUUUUUGUAUUUACUAUUCUUGCAUAAAAAUAUCUUACUCUUUCAUUAAACUGUCAGCGUCAGCCGAAGCGGGACGACACAAAUUACUAAACAAAGGCCUCUUUGUUGGUUCUCCCCAGACCCACUCCUCUAAUCCUCCCACUGAUAUGAUAUGUUAUAUUUAUAAAUCUAUGAAUCCUCCACAUAGCGCACUGAAUGCAACUUGCCACUUGUAUGGGAAUAAGUUAGGGCAAGUUGUCAUUCAAGUUACCGGCAAGUAUCUAUGCUAAGUUGAUAGUACAAUCAAAACUGACAAAAUCAAUGUCAAACUUUCAAACUGUCAACAUAAAUGUCAACUGAAAAGAAUUCAGCCGAUGUUUUGCAAAGUUUUAAAAAUUAAAGAAAAAUUGGCACCCAGAUUCAAUAAUUACGUUGUAACGCAUACUCGCAAUCAAGUAUUGUGUGCUACAUAAGUAUUCACAAAUCUGUAAAUUAAGAAUCUGCAGCCAUGGGUCGAAAAGUGACAGUGGCGGUGACGACGCUGAACCAAUGGGCGCUAGACUUCGAAGGGAAUAUGAAUAGGAUUCUGCAGUCCAUACAGGAGGCUAAGGAAAUGGGAGCAUUGUAUCGGACUGGACCUGAAUUAGAAAUAUGUGGUUACAGCUGUGAGGACCAUUUCUACGAGCCAGACACAUAUCUCCACAGUUGGCAAGUGCUCGCAGAGCUCCUCAAAUCUGCGACAUGUAAGGACAUGUUGAUCGAUGUCGGUAUGCCCGUUCAACACAGAAAUGUACUAUACAACUGUCGGGUAGCGUUCCUGAACAAGAAGAUUCUUCUCAUUAGACCAAAGAUGUUGUUAUGUGAAGAUGGAAAUUAUAGAGAAUCUAGGUGGUUUUCGCCUUGGACCAAAGAACGACAGACUGAAGAAUACUAUUUACCUAGGAUGAUUUCGGCGAUAACGAACCAGUCGACGGUGCCUAUUGGUGAUGCUGUCAUUGCGACGAAAGAUACGUGUAUAGGUUUUGAAAUUUGUGAAGAAUUAUGGAAUCCGCAGAGUCGCCACAUUCCUCUCGGUUUGGAUGGUGUGGAGAUCAUAGCGAAUGGUUCGGGAAGUUACAUGGAACUACGCAAGGCUUACGUCACAGUGGAUCUAGUCAAAAGUGCCACCUUCAAGAGUGGGGGCGCGUAUUUGUUUAGUAAUCUGAGAGGAUGUGAUGGUCAGAGGAUAUAUUUUAAUGGUUGUUCCUGCGUGGCUGUUAAUGGGGAGAUUGUUAGUAGAGGACUGCAGUUUGCUCUGCAUGAUGUGGAAGUAGUAACAGCAACGAUCGACCUCGAAGAUAUUCGUUCCUAUCGGACGCAGAUCCGCUCCCGAUCUCAUUUAGCGGCUUCCAACCCGCCAUUUCCUCGCAUUACAGUCGACUUCGCAUUAUCAGAUGACGAAGACGUGUAUCUUACUACUAGUCCGCCUAUACAGUGGCAGUAUUUAACGCCGGAGGAAGAAAUUGAACUAGGUCCGGCUUGCUGGCUUUGGGAUUAUCUAAGGAGAUCGGGCCAGGGAGGAUUCUUUUUACCGUUGAGUGGUGGGGUAGAUUCCACCAGUACUGCUUGUAUAGUGUUUUCUAUGUGCACACAAAUUUGUGAUGCUAUUCAGAAAGGAGAAAGUCAAGUGCUGUACGAUGUUCGGAAAAUCCUUUGUCAAUCGGACUACACGCCGUCUGACCCGAUGGAGCUGUGUAAUCGGUUACUAGUGACCUGUUAUAUGGCUUCGGAGAAUUCUAGCCAGGAAACUAAACAACGAGCUUCACAGUUGGCCAGCGAGAUUGGUAGCUAUCACUUUCCGAUAGUGAUUGACGCAGCAGUGAGUGCAGUUAUUGGUAUAUUCACUAGCGCUACUGGCUUCGUACCGAAAUUUAGAACUAAGGGUGGCUGUCCGAGGCAGAAUCUAGCUUUACAGAAUAUACAGGCUCGUCUCCGCAUGGUUCUGUCCUACCUAUUCGCGCAACUGAUGCUCUGGGUGCGUGGCAGACCAGGUGGUUUGUUAGUGCUAGGAUCCUCCAACGUUGACGAAGCCUUACGUGGAUACAUGACCAAGUACGACUGCUCCAGUGCCGAUGUAAACCCUAUUGGUGGCAUAUCGAAGACUGAUCUCAAGUCGUUCCUACAGUAUGCUAAGAAUAGAUUCUUCCUGCCAUCCCUCUCGGAGAUAUUACAAGCUCCUCCUACAGCAGAACUGGAGCCCCUAGCGGACGGUCAGAUCACACAGACAGACGAACAAGAUAUGGGCAUGACUUAUGCAGAACUCUCCGAGUUUGGUAGACUGAGGAAGACACAGCACUGUGGACCGUUUAGUAUGUUCCAUAAACUAGUGCACACGUGGAGUGAUAAGUGUACGCCGCAUGAGGUGGCAGAGAAAGUAAAGCACUUCUUCCGUUGUUACGCUAUCAACCGUCACAAGAUGACUGUCCUAACUCCUUCGUAUCACGCGGAGACUUAUAGUCCUGAUGACAACCGCUUCGACCAUAGACCGUUCCUAUACCGAGUACAUUGGAACUGGCAGUUCAAAGCCAUCGACGAUGCUGUUGCACAGAUGUCGAAAGAAAAGCGUGGUUCCAGUGAUAGACCUCAAGACGUGAAACUGAGCAGUGCUUCAACUUCCAACGUAAAUUCACACUUUAUGAGGGGCGAUAGGAAAGGCGUCCUUAUAUAAAUCAUCGUAAUAUCGUAGUUAUCUAUCGCUUUAUAGUUCCCGUUACAAUAAUAGUGACAAUAAUGUAUGUCGUAUGUCUGACUUUGUUGUUGUUAUGUAGACUUGCUUAGUUAGACUGUAGAUUCGUUACAAAUUAUUUAAAGAACUAAUAAACCUACACGGUCCAGAUGUAGAAACAUCUUUGAGUUCAAUAUUAUAUAAAAAUACAAUGAACUAAGCAUUUCUUGUGUCAUAUGACUUCAAACUAAAUUGUUCUUCCAGUGAUUUAAGUUUAAGGUUCGCUAUCAAUUAGCCUGUAAAAGAUUUUUAGCUAUUGCUUCGCGUAACACAUUAUUGCAUACUGUCUAGUAUGAUGUUGCUGAGAAUAACUUGAAUAAAGUCAACUUGGUAUUGACUUAGGAUAUUUUGUUAAGACGUUGAUUUAGAUGCUUGCCUCAUUGGCCGUAUGGUCGCAAGUGCGACAGCCGGGCAAGGGGGUUUCGGGUUCGAUUCCCGGGUCGUGGAAAGUAUUCAUCAUUAUCA